AUGAACUGCGGCUCCGAUUCGUCGGUAGAGUUCUACGCGAGCAACCGGCAAAGCUCUCUCUAUGAGCGCAAGGUUUCUAAAGAUAGCAGAACAUACACGCCAGAAGGUCGGGUGCUUAUCAACGGCAUGCCAGAGACACAGGAAUCGCCCGAUGAUAUGUGGCGUUCGCUGAUAUGUAAAGCGAUCACUACCAGGGUUAUGAAGGACGUGGAACCACAGCAAUCCGGUCCUCUGGCCGUUAUACGUCGGUUCUCAUCACGUCUCGGAUAUCGCAACCCACGCCGUUACGAGAAGGAAACCGAGAAAAAUGAAGGUAGUCGUGAAACCAACGAAGAUGGCGAAAAUGGCGAGAGUGGCAAGGAUGGUGAAAAUGGCGAGGAUGUUAAGAAGAAAGAGAAGCACGUUACUAUAAUCAGAGUGAAAACAAUGCGUCGGAAAGAUAGCGAAGAUGACAAAGAGCACAACGGUGAUGAGAGCGAUGAGGUUUGUCUUUUGUUGAAGAGGAAUGCAAUAAGCAAACUCGCGAAUUCAAAAUAUUCUUCUUGA